AUGCUUGUUAGAGCAAACACAGACCCCGCCCGCUCGCAGGACCCCCGCAGGAUAAAGAAAAGCGGCGGCGUGGGUGUGGUCAUGAGCGGCGGCGUGGGUGUGGUCAUCAGCGGCGGCGUGGGUGUGGUCAAGGGCGGCGGCGUGGGUGUGGUCAUGGGCGGCGGCGUGGGUGUGGUCAUCAGCGGCGGCGUGGGUGUGGUCAUCAGCGGCGGCGUGGGUGUGGUCAUGAGCGGCGGCGUGGGUGUGGUCAUGAGCGGCGGCGUGGGUGUGGUCAUCAGCGGCGGCGUGGGUGUGGUCAUCAGUGGCGGCAUGGGUGUGGUCAUCAGUGGCGGCGUGGGUGUGGUCAUCAGCGGCGGCGUGGGUGUGGUCAUGAGCGGCGGCGUGGGUGUGGUCAUCAGCGGCGGCGUGGCGGCGGCGUGGGUUUGGGUCAUGAGCGGCGGCGUGGGUGUGGUCAUGAGCGGCGGCGUGGGUGUGGUCAUCAGCGGCGGCGUGGGUGUGGUCAUCAGCGGCGGCGUGGGUGUGGUCAUCAGUGGCGGCGUGGGUGUGGUCAUCAGUGGCGGCAUAGGUGUGGUCAUCAGCGGCGGCGUGGGUGUGGUCAUGAGCGGCGGCGUGGGUGUGGUCAUCAGCGGCGGCGUGGGUGUGGUCAUCAGCGGCGGCGUGGGUGUGGUCAUCAGCGGCGGCGUGGGUGUGGUCAUCAGUGGCGGCAUAGGUGUGGUCAUCAGCGGCGGCGUGGGUGUGGUCAUGAGCGGCGGCGUGGGUGUGGUCAUCAGUGGCGGCGUGGGUGUGGUCAUGAGCGGCGGCGUGGGUGUGGUCAUCAGUGGCGGCGUGGGUGUGGUCAUCAGCGGCGGCGUGGGUGUGGUCAUGAGCGGCGGCGUGGAUGUGGUCAUCAGCGGCAGCGUGGGUGUGGUCAUCAGCGGUGGCGUGGGUGUGGUCAUCAGCGGCGGCGUGGGUGUGGUCAUGAGCGGCGGCGUGGGUGUGGUCAUCAGUGGCGGCGUGGGUGUGGUCAUCAGUGGCGGCGUGGGUGUGGUCAUGAGCGGCGGCGUGGGUGUGGUCAUCAGUGGCGGCGUGGGUGUGGUCAUGAGCGGCGGCGUGGGUGUGGUCAUGAGCGGCGGCGUGGAUGUGGUCAUGGGCGGCGGCGUGGGUGUGGUCAUCAGCGGUGGCGUGGGUGUGGUCAUCAGCGGCAGCGUGGGUGUGGUCAUCAGCGGCGGCGUGGGUGUGCUCACAGACCUCACCCAGUCUUUCCUCCUCAGGAACGCCUUUAAAGCGCCCUACUUCCACCUGUAG